GUUAGAUUAAGGUUAUGUAGGUUCAAAUAAAAUAUUCCUUAAAAACAUGUUGUUUAGGCUUAAAGGAGGAUGUGUUUUGCAAAACCUACCUAUAAUACAGAAAAAAUUGGUGCUGAGAUCAAUUUCAAGCUUAAAUUUAUGGGAUAAAGAAUUAACUUCGGAAGUUAAACACAGAAUAGAGCAGCAUUGGCGAGAUAAAAUAAAAACUCCCAUUUACGAUGAGCAAUGUAGCGACAAAGAAAAGUAUUAUGUGUUGUCCAUGUUUCCCUAUCCUUCAGGUCAUUUACACAUGGGGCAUGUAAGAGUUUACACAAUUAGCGAUGCUGUGGCGAGAUUUCAACGUAUGAACGGUAAAAAUGUAAUUCAUCCCACCGGAUGGGAUGCUUUCGGCCUUCCUGCCGAAAACGCGGCAAUCGAAAGGCAAAUAUCGCCCGACGACUGGACAGAGAAGAACAUUGAGCAUAUGAAAAAUCAGCUGCAAACUCUUGGCUGCAGUUUCGAAUGGCACAGAGAGCUGGCAACAUGUCAUCCGCAGUACUACAGGUGGACGCAAGAUUUGUUUUUAAAAUUGUAUGAAGCCGGUUUGGCGUAUCAGAAAGAGGCUCUGGUCAAUUGGGAUCCUGUUGAUAAGACUGUUUUGGCCCAUGAACAAGUCGAUGAAAACGGGUGUUCUUGGCGUUCAGGGGCAAAAGUGGAGAAAAAAUUGCUAAAACAAUGGUUCAUAAGGACCACAAAGUUUGCUAAAGACCUGCUUGAAGGUUUAGACGACUCGGUGUUACACGAUUGGAAGGACAUAAUUAAAUUGCAAAAGCAUUGGAUUGGAGAAUGCGAUGGUGUGAAUUUCGACUUCAAAAUAAAGGAAAAUAGUGAUGAGUUUGUCAGUUUAUGGAUUAACAGUCCAGAACUUGUUAAUGAUGUUAAGUUUGUGGCUGUUAAAAAGGAUCAUAUUUUGGCUAGACAAGAGAAUAUCACUGGCUUAAAUGGUACAAAAAAAUUAAGCGCAACUUUAUUAAAUCCUUUUAACAAUAAAGAAGUACCUGUAUUUGUGUCAAAUGAUGUUGAAUUUUUACCGUUCACCGAUUCGUACGUUGGUAUACCUGGUUUAAAUGAAGAAGCUGCACGGUUUGCCCAUAAAAAUAAAAUAAAAUUUACCGAAAUUGAUGCUCAGAAGUCAGAAGAAGAAAUUAAAAAAGUCAGGGAGGAAGUUAUUGGUAAAGCAAAAGAGUUGAAUAUUGGCGGUUAUUGGACGAGUGCAAAGUUAAGGGAUUGGCUUAUAUCGCGACAAAGAUACUGGGGAACCCCAAUACCCAUAAUUCACUGCCCAAAUUGCGGAACUCGGCCUGUUCCAAAAGAAAAUCUGCCUGUUGUGUUACCGAAACUUAAAAAACUCAGUGUUAAAGGCGUUUCACAACUGGCAGAAAUCGACGAAUGGGUGACUUGCGAGUGUCCCAAGUGCAAAGGCCCCGCAAAAAGGGAAACCGAUACCAUGGACACCUUCGUCGACAGCUCCUGGUACUAUUUGAGGUUUUUAGAUGCAAAAAAUGACAAGGAAAUGUUCGGUCGCGAUAAAGCUAUGACAAUGUCUCCUGUGGAUUUGUAUAUUGGUGGAAAAGAGCAUGCCGUUUUGCAUUUGUAUUAUGCAAGGUUUAUAGCACAUUUUCUUCAUUCCUUGGGUCUCUUACCGGAAAGGGAACCUUUCAAGAGGCUUUUAGUUCAAGGGAUGGUCAUGGGGAGAAGUUACAGGAUAAAAGGCACUGGGGAAUAUUUGCCAGAAAGCAAAGUUAACAUUAUAGAUUUGAAGAGAAAUAAGGCUGAAACAUUGGACACCAAAGAACCUGUUGUGAUAGCCUGGGAAAAAAUGAGCAAGUCGAAACACAACGGGGUAGAUCCGGAGGACAUGUUUAGAGAGUACGGAGUCGACACCACGAGGCUUUUAAUUUUGGCCGACGUGGCGCCAACCUCGCACAGAAACUGGAACAGCAACACCUUUCCCGGAAUUUUAAACUGGCAAAGACGGCUUUGGUUAACAGUUCAACAAUUUAUCCAACACAGGAAAGAUUCACCUCCGAUGGCGCCCGAAGACGAGUUUAAAUCCCAAGAGGAUUACCUGUUCGAUUCUAGAAAUUAUUACGUUAAAGGUACCUCGUUUAAUUACGUUAUAUCGCAGCAAAUGAGCGUCGCCGUUUCGAAGCAACAGGGAUUAACGAACAGUCUGAGGAGGGCCCCUCCUGCAGUUUUCGCACAUAGUUUGCAAUUCGAGAGGGCGCUCGCUGCGCAAAUAAUUUUGCUGGCCCCUAUGGCCCCGUAUUUUGCCUCUGAAUUGUGGGCAGGAUUUCUCUCUGCUCCGAAUAGGAUUUCUGACGGAGAGUUGUUUUGGGAUCGACCGGUUUUGGAGCAAAAAUGGCCGGAGACCGAUAUGGACUACAAGCUGGAAUUGAUAUGUCAAGUAAAUGGUCAUGAGAAUUGUUGUAUUAAAAUACCGAGAAAAGAUCUGGAUAUUUUAUCAAAGGAAGAAGCAGUUAGGUUAGCUUUAAGUCAAAAGGAAGUUUGUGAUGUUUUGGCCACAAGAAACGUUUUAGAUACUGUUUAUAAAACAUAUUCUGGUAAUGAUUGUAUUAUUAAUUUUAUCGCUAAAAGUCAGCAACACAUGAAAGAGAAAGUGGAAAAAUCAAAUUGAUUUUCAACUUUUUGUAUGUAUGUUAAAUAAAUGUUGAUUUUAAUGUUUACUGAAUUUU